AUGAUGCAUGAACGUCUAGAAAUUGAUCAACUCAUUACCUCGAUCCAAUUCAUCAACACCUCCAAGCCAACUUCCAAAGAUACACAAGAAAACGCAUCGUCACAAAGCACAAUAAUGAAGGUCACCAUCUCCAUCAUUGCAAUUCUCCUCCAGGCCAGAAACACCCUCUCAGCUACCACUGCAGAGCUAGCCGAAGAAUGCGGUGCCCUCGGUAUCAUGGAGAUACCCGCCGACGCCAGCCUAGCUGACUACCGCCACUGCAACUCCCACCCCCUUGGUCCCGACCGCCGUAUCUACGCCAACCAGGACCUCGCUCUUGGUAUCGAUCCCAGCCCCAAGCGUGACCUGGGUGCUGUCAAGGCGGCCGGAAUUUUCGGACGCGCAGCGCAGGCCUGUUGGUGGGAUGCACCGCUCGGUUGUACAAAUGGAUACUGCUGGAAGUCAUGUGGGAAGGCGGGGGAAUGGUGCUGGACGGCUUAUAAUAAUGGAGUUGGCGAUUGGGCGCGCUGCGAGAGAGCUGAGGAUUGCAAUUCAGAGGAGGCGUGUGGGCAGGGGUUUGUUGACAUAGCUGGAGCUAUAAAACCUAUCACAACAUGUGUUCCCAGGCCAGUAAGCAAAUUGCUCAUAUCGUAUUAA